AUGCAGAUCUUCAGCCUCAUUCUCCCUCUCAGUCUCUGCCUCUCCGCCCUCGCCGCUCCCGAAGGCCACCAGCAUAAUGAACACAACAAGUCCAACAGCACGACAACCCACGACUCUGUCAAGGCCGCCUGCCGGGAGAUGGACAAGCUAACGCAGCUGACCCAUCUGGCCAGCAACCAGACCCUGCUGGAGGACUACAUCAGCAAGAAGAAGCUCAACGCGUCCGAGGCCGCCGAGCUGGAGACCAAGGCUGCCAGUGCAUCGAAGCAGCUGGCCACGCUGGCAAGCAACGCGACGCUCGUCUCGCAGUGCGCCAUUGUCAACGCCCACGAGAGCCUCGUCGUGACGUGCGAGCGCAUGGCCCGGCUGGAGCAGUGGGAGAAGCUGGAGUCCAACACGACGGCGCUGGACGAGCUCGCGGCCAAGAAGAACCUCAGCCAGGCGGCCAUCGACCAUCUGAAGGACAAGGCCGCCAAUGCGAGCACGGAGCUGAAGGUGCUGGAGAGCAACUCGACUCUCGUGACGGCUUGCCAGCAGUUGCAGGCCAAGAAGUCGAACGGCACGGGAUCAUCCACCGCUUCCAGCAGCAGUGCCAGCAGCAGCUCCACAACGACGAGUGGCGCCAUGCCACUGCUGUCGAUCGGAAGCAGCUUGUGGAGCUCCGUCGGUCUGCUUGCCCUGGCCGUAGGUGAUGAUGAUGAUGAUGAUGAUGAUGAUGAUGAUGAUGAUGUGCGAUGA